AUGGCCGACCAAAACGACAAACAGCCCUCCCCCCAAGAUGUCCUCGGCUGCCAAGCUGCAGCCUUUGAAUGGGCAGAGAGCUUCGAUUCCAAAGAUUGGGACCGACUAUUCAAAUGUCUUGCACCCACGCUCCAUAUCGACUACCGCGCCGUCAUGGACAAGUUCUGGGAAUCGCUGCCAGCCGAGGACUUCCAGGCUCUAGCCUCUAGCAAGAACUUCCUCGGAGACCCACGUGUUAAGACGCAGCAUUUUAUCGGGGUCAGCAAAUUUGUCCAGGUGGCCGAUGAUGAGAUCACAGGGUACCACCAGAUGCGCGUCGCACAUCAGAAGUUCAAGGACGAGGAGCAGACUGAGGUGUUGCACAAGGGACACGCCCACGGCCGCGGAAAAUUCUGGUAUCGCAGGGUAGAUGGUGUCUGGAAGUUUGCUGGACUGCAGCCCGAGAUUCGUUGGACUGAAUAUGAUUAUGGGAAGGUUUUUCAAGCGGAUAAUGAAGGCUAG